AUGGGUGCCGUAGUAUCUUGCGUUCAAUCCAUCUUCCGCACCAUCGGAAACGUCAUCAUGGCCAUCGUGUCAGGCAUCGGUAGCAUCCUCGUAGCCAUCAUCAACGGAAUCGUGUCCUUCUUCGGCAUUCUCGUCAGCUUCCUGACCUGCGGCUACUGCGGCGGCCACCGGCACAAGACAGGCGGCGGUAUGUCUACCGGUACGCGGCGCAGCGGCUGGGGCCGACGUAGCCAUGCCACCACCACGAGCCGCAUCUAG